AUAUGAUCUCGGCGUCGUCCGAAAGUUAACCUAGCAAGUGCUUCUACCAUUAAAACAAAUAACAAAAAUAUUGGAAAAAAACAUAUAGUGCGAUAAUAAAUUAAAAAACUUGUAAACGAAUAAAAAACAAAACUAAAUUGAAAGAGUUCCAGAAAAUGUACUUAAUACAGAAUAACUUACAUUGAAUUAUAAAUUAUCGCCGUAAAUUAUGCUUCAAAUUACAACAGUCACACUUAAUUCGUUGUUCACACGUUGUAGUAAUAAAUCCGUCAGCGGUACUUAUAUAUUUUUACAAAGUAAUAUACUUUAUGAGCCAAAUAGACACGCGAUACGUAAAAUGAAAUUCAAAUGCUGUCAGAAAUUAUUAUGCACGUCACAUUUUACGAGACUGUGCUGCCACCAUACUGUACCUAAAAAAGUUCGGUAAAACGAAAUACAGUUUUGGCGGAAAUUAUGUACAUAUAGAAUAGAGUCGAAUAUUAUAUACUCGUCGUAACAUUAAUAUAAUUUUUAAUUACUAAAAUAUAUAAUUUCUUUAAAAAUUAUUACUACUUUCAAAACUGUGAAUUACGAUGAAAAGUUAAUUUAAUAUGAAGACUUUACAAACAGUAAAGAAAAAAGGGAAUGUAUUUGUAGGUCACUUUCGUUGUUUAAUUUCAAAAGUGAAAAAUAUUUGAAAAUAUCAUUAGCGUUUUUAAUCUUCAUAAAUGUAUAUAUUACAUAUAAUAAUAGAGAAGAUAAAAUAACACUAUUUUAAAGAAAUUCAUAUUAUAAUAAUAACAAUGUUUUGCAAAGAUAAUAUUAAACUAUCAGCAGAUUCUAAUGCAAAGAGCAUUACAGAAGCAAAGGUUAUUGAAGUACUACGAAAAAAAAAUUAUACAUUAAAUACAGUGAAUUGUUAUGGGGACAAUUUAUUGCACAUCAGUGUCGCAAAUGGUUGUUUUAAUAUUACAAAAGAAAUUUUACAAAACGAAACUUGCGGUAAUAUUAUAGACAGAAAAAAUAAAUUUGGAUGGACACCAUUAAUGUUAGCUAUUCGAAAUAGAGAUAUCAAAACAGUGAAAUUUCUUUUACAAAAUAAUGCUGAUGUAAAUAAAUCAACUUAUCUUGGUAUGUCUGUUCUUGGAUUAGCAGCUGCAAUAGAUGCAAAUAUGUUUCAAACUGUAUACGAAGCAUGUCCAUCUGCAUUAUUAAAUUCUAUGCAUGAUGACAUUACACCACUCUGUAUAGCUGCUAUGAAAAAUGAUAAAGAACUUUUUUUUAAAUUACUAGAUUUAGGGUUUGAAAUUUCCAAAAUCAAUGAAUAUACACAUAUCACAAUGAAACUAUCAACAGUACCUGAAAUAAGAAAUUUAGCAGAAAAAAGUGAUGUAGAAGAUUAUUGGAGUGAUAUCUCAGAUAAUAUUUCUACAGAAGUAACUUUAGAAAAGAAAGAGCUACUGCAUUCUUUCAAAUCAAUAAAAGAAAAUCAAAAGAAAUAUGAUAUGCAAACAUUACAAAAUAUACAAAAUGAGUGCAAUAAGAAAGAUAAAAAUGAUAAUAUUGUACCAUUUUUAAGUUCUUUUAAAAAUCCAACUAUUGUAUUUCACCCUUCGGAAGAAAAAAAUGAUGGCUCUAAUAAGAACAUAAUAGAGAAUUCAAAUCAGUGUAUAAAACGAAGACCUUCUACACUAAAUUUAGUGGUAGAUCAUAUAAAUCCCAUUCAAAGCAGUAUAAUUUCACCUGUACUGACCUGUACUCUUGAUAUACCACCAGCAUCUCCAAAUAUAUAUUUUACUCAAAAUAAUUAUGACAAUGAAGUUAACACGGAUGUAAUAAACAAUGUGAAAAAUGAAUCAUUAAUUCAAGAUAAAAAUAAGACACCAACAGAAUAUUUGGAAUGUAAUGAAUGUUUACAGGAACCACAUUUGCAAAGACUGCAGUCUAUCCGACCACCAGACUUAAACAUUCAAAAUGAUCAGGAGGAUCUUGAUGCCACUCUUACUUUUACACCUAAAUUUAGCCCAAUUCGUUCACCACAUGUACCUGCAGAUUUAAAUGAUGAAAAUGUGUUUGGAGAAGAUACACCAACCCCCCCGCAUUAUAGAACACCACCAAGAGGAAUGAUUUUGAAUUCUGAAGAAACAAAAAUGUGUAUUUUAUUGCAACAUCAUGGAUUACAUCAGCAUAUCCCUAUAUUUCUUGAGCAAGAAGUAGAUAUUGACUUGUUUAUGACUCUAACCGAUCAGGAUUUAAUGGAAAUUGGUAUAAAGGAUGAUUCAGACAGAAAAGUUAUAUUGAAUGUUAUAAAUGAGUGUUUUAAAUCAAUGAUGUAGAGACAUGUAUAUUAUUAUUAUUUAUAUUGUUAUUUUAUUUAUUGGAUAUUUUAUUUUUAUAUAUAAUAUUUGAAGAAAAUUACUAUAAAAAUGCAAACACAAUGUUUAAUUGGUUUUAAUAUUUAACAUUUAAUAAUGUGCAGAAGGUUUUUCAAAAUUAUAUGUUGUGGCUACUGUAGUGUGACUUGCUACUUGAUUGACCUCGAUCUUGAAUUUCAAGAUUAAGGAAAAUAAAACAUCCUCUACAUAUUGUUAUUUAAUAAUAUCAUAAUAUUAUUCUGUAAUACCUUCAUAGUUCUAAAAUUAUAUACAUAUUUUUAUAAUUAUA